AUGGCUCGCAAGACAUCCGCUCCAAGUGAGGACCUCCCUGCCCCAAACAAGGAAGAGCAUGAAGGCGAUUCCGGCAUCGGCUGUUCGGACGCUGAAAUGGAGCCAUUAGAUGUUUCCACAGCUGCUGGCCCGUCCACCAGAAUCUCAACACCAGUCAAUGUGCUACAGCCUGCCCUAGGACUUACAACCAACCAACAGCACGCACUGCAUCAUAUCCUGCCUAGACCCCCGCCAUUACCCCUAUAUCAGCCUCCACCAAAUGUCCCUGCUCGCGCUGUGCCGAAGGCAGGCAGGUUCGUCUCCAUGGAACCACCUGGGAGCAGUCGCGCAAAUAGAGAGCAGACACCAGACAACCCAGCUCAGAGGAGUGUCAGUAUCAAGUCAAUGCUGUCGCAUACGCCACAAGCUUGA